AUGAUUCCCUUUUAUUGCGUGGUGCAAAAAGUGUGUGUAGAAUGUGAUGAAAAGCCAUUUGAGAAAAUAAACGAGGAUUUUGAACCCGUGCCAAACGACCCGUAUGCUGACGGUUCCGUACAACCUGUUAUUUGUUGUGGUUAUAGACAAUAUAUAUUUGAAAAUAACAAUGCGUGUAUCACCCAGAAUCUUGUUGAUUUUAUGUAUGCGCAAGAGCGCAAUAGCGUGUGGGUUGCCCAUAACGGGGGACGAUUCGACAAUGUUUUUUUAUUGUGUGAGUUGCUUAUCGAGCGAAAUGUUGUGCCGCAAACAAUUAUGAACGGUAAUAAAAUUAUGUGUCUGGAAUUAGAAGAUCGUAAUUUAAAAGUACUCGACAGUUUUUUAUUUUUGAGUAUAGCACAUUUUACCGACUUGACAUACGUGGGACCCAUGGUGGGUUUAGAAUAUUUUGAACCACCCACUGAGGGUACUCCGCAGCGUUCUAAAUUCGAUAAGUGGUAUGCGGCACAGUGUUUAAAACCUUAUAAUUUUAAAAAAGCCAUUUAUUAUUAUUGUCGUUUAGACGUGGAUAUUUUACGCCAGGGUUGUAUAAUUUUUGCGCGUUUGAUAAAAAAUAUAACCGGUGUUUUUCCUUUUUAUGACAAAACAUGUCAUACUAUUGCCGGUUUGGCACUCAAAAUAUACCGGAGUAAUUUUCUUGUAAAAGAUACAAUCGGGCAAAUCCCCGCAAAGGGGUAUGGAACACAGAUUAAACAGAGCGUCAUAGCAUUGUACUGGUUACGCGAGAUUGAAGCUCAAUUAAGUGAAAAUGAUCAUUUUUUACAAAGUACUUUGCGCGUGGAUGGGGAAACACAGAUAAUGGGCCGGUAUGUUGACGGUUAUUGCGAAACAACACGUACAAUUUAUCAAUUUCACGGGUGUUUUUAUCAUGGGUGUACGCAAUGUUACGAGGGUGACGAAUAUAAUACCGUGUUAAAUGAGACCUAUUACACAUUGUGUGAACGUACACGUCGUACGGAGAAAAUGUUUGAAAAUGCGGGUUAUCGGGUUGUUACUAUGUGGGAAUGUGAUUACAUGCAAACAAAUAAAUUGAGCAAAAAAACACUAGAUCUUUUACAUCAUCGUGAUUUUUUUAUUAACGUUCACUUAAACCCGCGAGAUGCUCUUUUUGGGGGUCGUACGUCACCCGCACGCUUGUACUUCGAAUCGACGAAGGAAAAAGCAUUUUACGGGGAUUUUACAUCCCUGUAUCCCUAUGUGCAAAAAAAAAAUGUUUAUCCGACACGGCACCCGACCAUCAUACGGGGUGAGGACGAAUGUGCAAAAAUACCCAUUAAUACAGUAUUCGGUUUAAUUAAAUGUCGUAUUGUGCCACCUCAACGUUUAUUGUUUCCUGUGUUACCCUGUCGUGCUGGGGGUAAAUUAACCUUUCCCCUGUGUAGUAUGUGCGUAUCAUUGCGGUGUGACGAAUGUACGCAUGAUGAAGAUCAGCGUGCUUUGUGGGGAACUUGGACCAGUAUUGAGAUACAAAAAGCUUUAGAACACGGUUACAGAUUAUUGAAUGUUUACGAAAUUUAUCAUUAUGCAACACGUGAAAAAAUAUUUGAUACUUACGUAGACACAUUUAUGAAAUUAAAGCAAGAGAGUAGUGAAGUGCCAAAAAAAUGUUUGGACGCUUCUGGGAAUGUUGACCCUGUAUUACUUAACCGUUAUAUACCUUAA